GUCGACAUGAGAGACAUGCGUUUGGGGCGCAGAUAAUUGAGAGCCACCGAUGCCCCUUCGUCAUGAUGCGCUUUUCUGAGCUGCUCGAGUUCUCGUCGACUUGAGAGACCUGUGUUUGGGGUGCCUUCUGUAUUGAUCGAGACCGCCCUGCAGUUCCGAGACGGAUACCCGAUCAAAGACAAUACAGUAGCGGGUGCUCUCAGAUAUGGCCACUCGCAUACUGCAGCCAGAGGGCGAGGCAUAACCGGUGUUUGGGGGCACCUUCUACAUUCAUUCUGCAUCCAAGGAUUCGGAGGAAUUUACAGGCGGUGCUUCAUGGAUCCUACGCGUUUUCGCGCAAGGUGAGCUGUGCAAGUUUGCCGGCCUUAGAACUACUAACUACUGGCCGUAUUAGUGGUACGCUAGAUCCGAUCGGUAUGAGCGCUUGAAUGAGUGGCAACCCGGAUACGGCCGCGACGACGUCGACUCGGACAUCCGUUGGUG